AGCCCAGUAAUGGACUCUGCUGCGCUUCCCAAGCGGAACACGGCGCUGCAAUUAGUGGGCUUAGCAGGGACUCGUCCUCGUCCUCGUCCUCAUCCUCAUCCUCGCCACCGCCACCGCCACCUCCAUUCCCCUCAGAGCAUGACAGGGUUCGCCGGGCAUCCCCACGCUGUGGCUCCCACGCACCCCAGGGAGUGCGCUGCAGAAUCCCGCCUCGGGCUGAGUCCGUUCCGCUCAGAAAUCAUGGGACACCACCAUCUCCAUCACCACCACCACCACCACCACCCUCCUCAUCACUCCGCGGCCCUUAAGCUCAGCCCUGCCCCUCCGCCUUAUCCCCCCCACCCUGUGGCAGGCCAAGGUGAGGUGGCUUCCAGUCCAACAGGAGUCUUUGGCCCGGUGCAUCCAACCAGCGUCCCCUAUGCCGUCCCUCACCCGAGCCAGGCGCUUUCGGCAGGUAGGGAUCUCUUCCUGCGCAGAGACCUGACAGUCCCAGUCAUGCCAGGGCUCCCUUCUCGGCACUCUGCCGCUGCCGCUGCAAGUUCUCAUCACGGAAUGUUUGUCUCAACAACAGGUAGCUACCCCGGACACCAUGCUCUCCACCACCACUUCCACCACCACCACCCAGAAGCCGGGACUCCCUCGCUUUUUACUGGACUGCACCAUGAGCAACCUCCCCACACAUCUCCAGGUGGCCAUCUAAACGGACAGAUAAGACUGGGGCUACCUGGAGAAAUGUAUGCCAGGUCUGAGCCUUUCUCGCCAGUGCCAGUGUCCAGGACAGAUCCUUUCGCUGCUUCCUCCUUCCACAGCUACGGUGGCAUGAACCUGAACGUGAAUUUGGCCCCACACCAUGGCCCUGGGGCUUUCUUUCGCUACAUGAGACAGCCCAUCAAGCAGGAGCUCAUCUGCAAGUGGAUCGAACUGGAUCAGGCUCCCAAAAAAUUAUGCUCGAAAACUUUCAGCACCAUGCACGAGCUGGUGACUCACGUCACGGUGGAGCACGUCGGGGGGCCCGAGCAGUCCAACCACAUCUGCUUCUGGGAAGAGUGUCCCAGGGAAGGGAAGCCUUUCAAGGCCAAAUACAAACUGGUCAACCACAUCCGCGUCCACACGGGCGAGAAGCCCUUCCCCUGCCCUUUCCCGGGAUGCGGGAAAGUCUUUGCUCGGUCGGAGAAUCUCAAAAUCCACAAAAGGACGCACACAGGAGAGAAGCCCUUCAAGUGCGAGUUCGAGGGCUGCGAGAGGCGCUUCGCCAACAGCAGCGACAGGAAGAAGCAUUCCCACGUGCACACGAGCGACAAGCCCUACAACUGCAAAGUGCGAGGCUGCGACAAGUCGUACACGCACCCCAGCUCCUUGCGGAAGCACAUGAAAGUCCACUGCAAGUCCCCUCCUCCCAGCUCGGGCUACGAGUCGUCCACCCCGUCGCUGGUGUCGCCGUCGUCCGACUGCGGCCGGGAGCCUCCUCAGCCGCCGCCGCCGCCGCCGCCGCCGCCUCCGCCUGCAGCAGCGGCGUCUUCCACCCAGGCGGCAGCCAACCUGAGCGAAUGGUACGUGUGUCAGAGCUCAGGGGCCAGCGGCAUCCCGACUCCACCCAGUAACUCUCCGUCACCUCACCCGGGAGAGGCCGCUUACACAAACUGCGAGCCCCGGCCCACUUAUUAA